AAACCCCAAUCGAUCACCCCCAGGUGGCCCUGGCCCUGCAUGGGCGCGGCACUCCCUCUGGAAUCCGAGUCCCAAUUUGAAUUAGAUUCAGGAGCAAUUCCAGUUUUCCAGAACUUUGCUUUGUCUUUUCUCGGCUUGUUGGUCUGCAACAUCCCUGCAAUAGCCUUUCAUAGAGUUUGCAACCAGCGUCCUUUCAUCCUUGAAUGUUCACCUCUUGCAUACUUGAAGAGGGUUUGAAAAAGUCAGCAUCGGAAAAAGCCUGAAGGCCCAGGUUCAAGCAAGAUCAUAUAGUUCCUCCUUGGGGCUUUCAUAAGCCCUCGCCCACUUACAAUGGCUGCCAUUGCGCUUGUUCUGGCCCUCAGUGCGUCGGCAGCAGUUAUGGGACAGGAUCUGAACACGUCUCAUUACACGUGUCCAACAAACUACCUGCCGACCGUCAUCCCCUCCUUUUUCACACCCCCAAACGUGACCUGCGCACCGAAUCCUUGUUACGGUGCUCCUGGGCCAUGCGGUCAAGGCGGCACCUGCACGGUGGACCCACUGAUCGUCUCUCGUGGGGCGACGUUCUUCCGCACCGUCUGCCAAUGCCAAGCGCCCGCUGUUCUUCUAGACAGAGGCGAAUUCAACUCCCAAUUUUGCUUCAUUAAUGGUACUGACUCCUGCAAUCCAAAUCCCUGCAAGAACAACGGGACGUGCUUCGCGGACCCUUCCGGCACCCGUCAGCCUACCACAGGCAGUACCGGCUACUUCGAGUGUCAAUGUCAAGGGAACUGGCAAGGGAGCACGUGCGAAUUGGCUUAUCCGUCACCACCUGCAACCCUCAAGAGUUCGGGGUUCUCGCCGCUCCAACGAGUACAUUGGCUAGGCAUCACAACUUUUAGUGCUUUGCUAGCCGGUUUGGCACUGCAGAUUUAGGCAGACGGUUUGCGAGAACUUCGUUUCGAGUUGUGCUUACUUACGUACGAGAGCCUGCAGAAAGCGUGCCCUGCUGAAGUUAAAGACAUGCGUAGCUGUACAUAGCCAGGUAAACGUUCAGCUUGGUGACCAGGAAAGGCGACCGAAAAUGACGCAGCAGGUAAUCGAUUUGUGCGGUUUCUGGAUGUGUAAUUUUGACAGGCAACAACUUUCAUGUAUGUUGCUUUUGUGGAGGCGUUUAGUGGCAGGUAGGACAGGCAAAAGAGCAACUAACGCGAAAGCAAAUGAGAGUAGGAACCGCGUUGCAUGGAUAUCGGACUCAAAUUACUGACUACUCCUCCAAGCUGGCAUGCGACACUGAAGCUUGCACCUGUCACAAGCAUGC